AUGGCGACUCCAGUGGACCAGAAGCUGCUCAAGUCCACCAAGUUCCCUCCGGAAUUCUCUCGGAAGGUGGACAUGACCAAGGUGAACAUUGAAGUGAUGAAAAAAUGGAUUGCUAGUCGUAUCUCUGAUAUCCUUGGCGAUGAAGAUGAUAUCGUCAUUGAACUGUGCUUCAACCUCUUGGAAGGCUCUCGUUAUCCCGAUGUGAAAGCGCUUCAAAUUCAGCUCACCGGUUUUCUGGACAAAGAUACCUCCAAGUUCUGCAAAGAACUCUGGUCCCUAUUGCUGAGCGGUCAAGAGAAUCCACAGGGUGUUCCAAAGGAGCUUCUGGAGGCCAAGAAGCUUGAGCUCAUCCAAGAGAAGGCGAGCCACAUCGAAGCUGAAAAGGCCGCCGAGGCUAGUCGCAAGCAGAAAGAGCAAGAGCGAGCCCGCGAACGCGAAAUUGAGGAUCUGAGAAGAAGAGAGCGUGCAGAUCGCGGAUCAGGUAGACGGGGUGGUGGUCGUGGAGGCCGUGAUUUUGGCCGACGAGACUUCUCACGAUCUCCGCCGCCCCGCAACCGAAGCCGUGAUCGAUUCCGUGAACCCCCAUCUCGCCGCGACUUCGAUUCUUACGUCCCAUCUAGCUCUCACAGAGGUCGUCGACCAACCCGGUCCCCCUCCUACUCGCGCUCUCCAGAGCGCUCCCGCUCCCCUCCUCGCCGAUCCCGUCAAGACCGCCACAGAUCCAGGUCCCCCGUUCGACGAAGCCGCAGAGAAGAGAAGAGACGCACCCCGGACCACGGUGAUCGCAACCGAUCCAAUUCCCGCAGUGAAUCACCACGCUCACGUACUCCCAGACGAGACCGAAGCAGACCGCGUUCCGUCUCCCGCAGCGUGACCCCUCCAUCUCGACACGCCCGGCGUAGAAGAUACUCUUCUCGUUCUAGAUCACCUUCACGCUCUCGAUCCCACUCCCGUGACAGGGGUCGGAGAAACCACAAGCGUCAUGGACAUGGCCGUUUGAGCCGCAGUCGUUCUCGCGACUAUCAUCGUCGCAGCAGGAGUCCCAGGAAGGAGCGGCGACGGCGCUCGUCGGACAGCUGGAAUCCUUCUAGUCAUGGACGGCGAGACUCUUCCAUAACUGGCCCUGAAAGACGACAGAAGUUGGCUGAUCAAGACGGGGUCUCCGCACGACCCGAAAAUCUUUCUAGCGAGAAAUCCGUCAACCUAGAUGAAAAGAUGGAGGAUGCCAGUGAUGUUGGUCACUAA